AUGCCUGAAGAGAGUAUAAGCGAAACUCCCAAGGAGAUUUCGGAAGAGGUUAUAUCUGCUAGGAAAGGUGAAUUUGAAACGGGAUUCGAGAGAGGUGGUCAAACACGUGAACAUGCCGUUUUAGCCAAAACUUCAGGUGUCAACAAAUUGGUGGUCGCAAUCAAUAAAAUGGAUGAUGUAACAGUAAAUUGGUCAAAGGAAAGGUAUGAUGAGUGUGUUAAUAAAUUAACACCAUUUUUAAAAGGAACCGGUUAUAAUCCUAAUUCAGAUGUUCAAUUUAUACCACUCUCUGGCUUUACGGGUUACAAUUUGAAAGAUCGUGUUCCAAAGGAUGCAUGCAGUUGGUACAAUGGUCCAUCGUUAUUGGAAUAUUUAGAUGAUAUGCAAGCAUUAGAUAGAAAAAUUAACGCUCCAUUGAUGGUACCCAUUAUAGAAAAGUAUAAAGAUAUGGGUACUAUUGUGGUAGGAAAAGUAGAAUCUGGUAAAGUCAAGAAAGGUCAAAAUGUGGUGAUUAUGCCAAACAAGCAUGUUGUUGAAGUAGCUGCGAUUUACAACGAGCUUGAAGAUGAAGUAACGUCUGGCAGUUGCGGAGAUAACGUUCGAUUACGUAUCAAGGGAAUCGAAGAAGAGGAAUGUUCGACUGGUUUUGUUGUAUGUGACACUCAAAGUCCAGUCAAAACAGCUACUACUUUUGAGGCACAAUUAGCCAUUUUAGAGCAUAAAAAUAUCAUUUGUGCAGGGUACAGUGGUGUUUUACACAUACAUACUUGUGUUGAAGAAGUAUCCAUUUCUGCUUUAUUACAUGUACUUGAGAAAAAAACAGGAAAGAGAUCAAAGCGAGCACCACAGUUUGUUAAAAAAGGACAAAAGGUGAUCGCUCGACUCGAAACUCAAGGACCAAUUUGUGUGGAAACAUUCGAGGAUUACCCACAACUAGGGAGAUUUACUCUCCGAGACGAAGGCAAAACAAUUGCGAUCGGGAAAGUUACUAAGGUUAUUGGAAAUGUAACUCAAUAA